AUGAGACAACCAGGUGCAUACUCAAGCUUACUUUGUGGAAGAACAGGGUCACACUCUUUGCCCUUGGCAAGGAUCAAGAAAAUAAUGAAGAUGUCUGGUGAUGAAGUGAAGAUGGUAUCUGGUGAAGCUCCUAUUAUUUUCUCCAAGGCUUGUGAGCUGUUAAUUGAGGAACUAGCAAGAAGGUCGUGGAACAUUACCAUCCAAGGCAAAAGGAGAACUAUGCACAAAGAGGAUGUGGCCUCUGCUGUUUUAUCCACUGAUCUAUUUGACUUUUUGGUUGCUUUGGUUUCCAAUUCUGGCUGUGACAACCUUGUUGCCACUACCACUACAGUUAAUGACAUGGAAGAGAUGAAACACUCCUAG